AUGGUUUGUCCAAUAAAUAAAGGGACUUAUAGAAUAAUAAAUGGAACCGUUGAUAUUGGUGCAGCACUACUGUUGUAUCCUCAAGCAACCGAUUACCAAUGGAGAAUAGUUCAAAAGAUGUACUCUGAUGAUAAAUUUAUCGGUAGUGCCAUGAUGGAAGUUUAUUUUUUUGGGUACAGAAAAAAAAUGAAGUCCAUUUUAAAACUAUAA